AUGCAGCGGGCCGGGGGCGGGGCUCCGAGGCCAGGGCGCAGCGACGGGCUCCCGGUCAGCCUCCGCCAGCCGGACCCCGCCGCUUUCGAGAUGCUGCUUGUGGACGCCGACCGGCCGGAGCCGGUGCGCAGCGGAGCGCACGACCUUGCGCUCUUCCUGACCCCAGAGCCUGGGGCCGAGGCGAAGGAGGUGGAGGAGACCAUCGAGGGGAUGCUCUUGAGGCUGGAAGAAUUUUGCAGCCUGACUGACAUGAUCAGGAGUGACACUUCGCAGAUCUUGGAGGAAAACAUCCCACUCCUUAAGGCCAAAGUGACAGAAAUUCGUGCCGUCUACGCCAAAGUGGACCGACUAGAGGCCUUCGUAAAGAUGGUUGGGCACCACGUUGCCUUCCUGGAAACCGAUGUGAUUCGGGCUGAGCGGGACCACGGGGCCUUCCCACAGGCCAUGAGGAGGUGGCUGGGCUCUGCAGGGCGCCCCACCUUCAGGAACAAACCAUCUGCCCCAGCACCCCUGAUGUAUGAGCUGCCCACGUUAUACAGGACCGAGGACUAUUUUCCUGAGUUCAACAGGGAGGUCCAGCAUCAAGGCCCUAGCCGUCCUCAGCGCCUGUGA